CCGAGAUAAUACCUCCAUGGCUACUUGCCUACAUUAAUCUGUGCAAAAUCUGUGGUUGACAUAUUUUUAGCUCAACCAACAGCUGAUUUAUGUGACUUUCUUUCUUUCUUUCUGUGGCUUGUAAAAACUACCAAGUGGUUUUUGUUACAUAAAAGUUGUGCCUAAUGGCAGUAGCGUUAAAAGUAGCAAAGGGCGUUUUGCGUUUGAAUAACAUCACUGUACGCCAAAUUAUGACGUCGAAUGUAAAGUGUGAAAAGGCUAUUGAAAAAUUGCAAAAGAACCCGUAUUAUGAAAAAUAUGCUGAUCGCAUAGCCGUGCUACAAAAAACAUCACCCGAAGAGUUUCUUAAAAGAGUAGAAAAUGCGGAGAGCUCGAAAGAGGAAGAGAAAAAGAAGAAGUUUGCCUCUGUUGAUACAAGACAGUUUUCUUCAGUCCUUAAUCCAAAGGAAUCACUUAAAGCUGAUAUAAGUGCAAAAGACAAGAAGCUUGAGGAAAUAUUUAAGGUGGAACUAGUCAAAGAUAAGGAUGCAUCAGAAGUCCAACUAAUAUGGGAAGAGUAUCACAAGAGUAAAGAAGUAAUAUCCGCUACAAUUCCAUUUGAUUUAUUUACUACUAUUUUUGAAAACAUGAGACAACAUCCCACUUUCCUUUUUCCUCUACCUAGAUCACAGGGCUAUGAGUUCAUAAUGUGCCAAAAUUAUGGCCACACAGUUCACUUUACACCCCUUUUGGCUUUCCAGGUACACAAAGAAAAUGCACCUGAAUGUUUAACCAUGGUCCACUAUACGGAGCUAAGUGAUAAAGGAUUAGUGCUCAUGCGUGGUGAAUAUGAUAAGAAUGUCCUCAAUGGAAAAGAAGCUCAGUGCUUGGCCAAUCAGUUUCAAAUGUACUACAAUGGCAAAGAUGAAUCAAAAUUCAAUCUGCUUAAAACAUUCACAAAAAGCCCCGACUCAUUUAAGCAUAUGGAUUUGAUUGCUGAUUUGGAAAAUAUUAAACUAGAAUAAAGUUAUUGGUAGAGAUGGAUAAAUAAAAUAUUCAUAGUU